CUUCCCCGCAACAACAACAACAACAAUCAACAACGAACGAAACAACAAAAAUCACCAUCACAUCACCCACCUCAAACCUAGACCAAAAACACACAACAAAACAAACCAACUCAUCCCCGCGUACCACACGCCCCCCACCACCAAAAUGAACCGCCUCUUCGGCACCUCCUCCAAACCCACCGCCCCAAAACCCACCCUCACAACCGCCAUCACCUCGCUCGACACUCGCCUCUCCUCCAUCGACGUGAAACUCGCCUCCCUCACCGCCGAACUAUCGGGGUACCAAACCAAACUCUCCAAAAUGCGCGACGGCCCGGGCAAGACCGCGCUAAAGCAAAAAGCGCUCAAAGUCCUGCGGCAGCGCAAACAAUACGAAGCCCAGCGGGACCAGAUCCAGUCGCAGGUGUGGAACAUGGAGCAGGCGCAGACGAUGCAGGACAAUCUCAAGAACACGAUGGUGACGAUCGAUGCGCUUAAACAGACCAAUAAGCAACUGAAGAAGGAGUAUGGGAAGGUGGAUUUGGAUAAGAUUGAGAGGCUGCAGGACGAGAUGGCGGAUUUGCUGGAUGUGGGGAAUGAGAUCCAGGAGAGCUUGGCGAGGAGUUAUGAGGUGCCGGAGGAUGUGGAUGAGGAGGAGCUGGAUGCGGAGCUGGAGGCGUUGGGACAGGAGGUGGAGUUGGAGAGGGAGAUGUAUGGUGGGAUGGAGGGGGCGGGGGGUGUGCCGAGUUUUAUGCAGGAUGAGGUGCCGGAGUUUGUUGAUGAGGAGCCGAAGGUGGGGGGGAAGGUGAAGGAGGUUGCUGGUUAAUAAGGAGGGGGUUGAUGAUUGUGCUGCGAAGGGGAUGUGAUGGGAAGGCAUUAUGGAGGGAAGGGUUGGGUUAGGCCGCUUCGGGAGUCACACGAUCGAAAGUUGAACGAGCUUUGGGAUCGGAGUUGUGGCUUGGAUGGUUUCGGGGACGAAGGGGGGCAUUUUCAGACAUCGGUUGAAGCACAUACAUAUACCAGGACGAGAGGCGGAACUAUAGUCGAACGAUGCUUUCUAUUCGGUGCUUUCAACGGGAAGAUGUAUUUGGGUUCAGUCACUUGUGAUCGAGGCAUACAGGACAUCAAGGAGACAAGCAUUCAAAUACAGAUAACAACA